AUGGACGGCCCCGGAUAUACCUCUGCGUCGUCUGCGUCUGCUCAUACCGCAACUUCACAUCGUCGCAAGCUCAUUAAGAAACCUCCCACUUACGCCUACGCUCGCUCCUCAUCUGGCUUCGAUGGUGGUGCCUUCGACGCCCAGUCCCUCGAGAGCAAACGCAGUUCCCAGAGUCUGAGAAGAGCCCCCAGCGCUCCCCCAGCCCGCUCAAACCCCGCGACCGUGUCCGACUGGCAAGACUCUGAUCGAUCUCAUCCUCAAUUAUCCGCCAACAGCAACACUCUAAGACCUGUCCCAUCGCCCAUCUCACCUCAGGGCGACUUCACCCCCGCUAACCACUGGGCGCCUGUCCCCCGUCAUCCCGACCGUCUCUCCGAUUCUCACCUCCGCCCUCUCAGUAAGACAGCGGUGCCUGACGACCUGAUCGGCGCUCCUUUUGACGGCGCUGCUAUUCUGAACCGCAUUGAAUCGAUAAAGAUUCCUAGUCCGAAGGCUGCUGCCCCUCGUCAAUUUCCUUCCCAAAUCGUCAAGGUGCCUACCGACUCUAGGCUCGCUAGUCCUGCCCUACGAACUUCGACCAGCUUCUCCGCGAUGGACUCGUCUCUGAACGAGAAGAGCCUUGGCCCAAGGGCUCCAACUGAUGGGCCUUCGAUCAACCCCAAGAGAUAUUCCGACGAUGGCAAGGACCUCAAGCCCGCUGUUCUACGAAAGAAGUCAGGAUUUUCCGGUUUCAUGAACAGUUUGGUAGGAUCGCCCAAGAAGCCCGUUAUCUCUGCACCCGAGAAUCCCGUCCACGUUACUCAUGUCGGCUAUGAUAGUUCCACGGGCCAGUUCACAGGUUUGCCAAAAGAAUGGCAGCGGCUUAUCAACGAAAGCGGAAUUCCUGAAAAGGAAAGGCGAGAAAACCCGCAAACUAUGGUUGAUAUCUUGCAGUUCUACAAAGAGACCACGGAGAGGCCCCCAGAGGAUCAGGUCCUUGAGAAAUUUCAUCAUGCUGGUCAGUAUGCCACCUCUCCGGCAACUGCAGCAUCACCGGGCAUGUACCCGUCAAACUAUAUGGGAAGUUUUGAGAAUCCCCGAGCACCACCGCCUGUUCCCCGAGGCCAGGUUGGUAAGGACCUGAUGCCCAGUCGCCCGGCCCCGAAACCGCCCGUCAGCAUGAGCAAUCGGCAUAUGCCUCAAGGCGCAUAUUCGACCAAAGACUCAGGCAUCGGUAUGUCUCAGUCCGGCGACGAAUCUUACGGCAUGUCAAAGGAUGCUGGCCCUAUGCUCCCCGAAGAGCACCGAUCGAGAUCCAAUUCGCGCGUCGCUGGACCUACAUACGCCCCAACUGCACCGCAGCCCAACCCACAACUUGCCCAGGCGCAAGCCGCCGCUUAUCAACAGCAACUUAUGCAGCAGCAACAAGAGCAAGCCAUGGCUCAGGCCCAAGCUGCCAUGUCUGGCAGCAUCGGUCGUGCUCCUAGUAAACGAACUCCUCAUCCCCAGAACCCGAACAUGCAAGCUGCUCCAGGUUACGGCCGUGCCCCCGAGUCUAAUGGUGUACACAACGCUCCUCGUCAGCAGGCUCCUGGAGCAGCCGUACCUGGGGCUAGACCACGACACCGGGCUCGUCAGAGCGCAGGCCUUGACAUCGUUGCUGCCCUCAAGCGCAUCUGUAGCGAAGGCGACCCUCGAGACAUAUACCGAGGAUUCAACAAAAUCGGCCAGGGUGCAUCUGGAGGUGUUUUCACCGGUCACGAGCGUGGCACGAACAGAUUGGUGGCUAUCAAGCAGAUGAAUCUCGAACAGCAACCUAAGAAGGACCUGAUUAUCAAUGAGAUUCUUGUCAUGAAGGAUAGUUCACAUCCCAACAUCGUCAACUUCAUCGACAGUUAUCUGUGUGGUGGCGAGCUGUGGGUCGUCAUGGAGUUUAUGGAGGGAGGCAGCCUUACGGAUGUUGUCACCUUCAAUAUCAUGUCUGAGGGGCAGAUCGCUUCUGUGUGUCGCGAGACCCUUCUUGGUCUGCAACAUCUGCAUUCCAAGGGAGUCAUUCACCGAGAUAUCAAGUCGGACAACAUCUUGCUAUCCCUGGAGGGCAAGAUCAAGCUGACCGAUUUUGGAUUCUGUGCGACCAUCAAUGAAGCCCAGAACAAGCGAACAACCAUGGUGGGUACACCCUACUGGAUGGCGCCCGAAGUCGUUACUAGGAAAGAGUACGGGCGCAAGGUUGACAUUUGGUCUCUGGGUAUCAUGGCUAUCGAAAUGAUAGAAGGCGAGCCACCAUACCUGACGGAAUCCCCCCUGCGUGCGCUUUGGUUGAUUGCAACCAACGGAACUCCUCACAUUAAGAAUGAACAGGAUCUUUCCCCUGUGUUCAAGGACUUCCUCUACUUUGCACUCAAGGUGGAUCCGGAGAAGCGGGCCAGUGCUCAUGAUCUGCUGAGGCAUGAAUUCAUGAAGCAGUGUGUUGACCUAGGUCAACUAUCGCCAUUGGUGCGAGCCGCUCGAGAACAGAGGGCGCAAGAAAAGGCUCGCAAGGGGCAGUAG